AUGGUUAUUCACGCAUUUGGCGCAUACUUUGGACUAGCGCUUGCCUUCGUAUUCAACAAGAAACAGCAUCGUGAGCAUGAACAUGAGGGAAGCAACUACAGUUCGGAUAUUUUCUCUAUGAUCGGUGCCGUCUUCCUUUGGGUAUUCUGGCCAUCGUUUAACGCCGUCUCAGCUGUACCUGAAAAUGCACGUCAACGAGCUGUUCUCAACACCUACCUGUCGUUGGCUGCUUGCACCGUGGUGACGUUCAUCCUCAGUCAGUUGGUUGAUCGUGAACAUAAGAUGCGCUUCUCGAUGACACAUAUAGCGAAUUCGACCCUGGCUGGUGGUGUAGCAAUUGGUACGACCGCGAACGUUGUGCUAAUGCCUCUUCAUGCAUUGCUCGUUGGCGCUGGAGCCGCAGUGAUCUCUGUCCUCGGAUAUGCUUAUGUCACGCCGUUCCUUGCACGCAAGAUGCGUAUUCACGACACGUGUGGUGUAAACAAUCUCCAUGGAAUGCCAGGAGUUUACGCUGGUAUUCUUGGUUUCAUCUUCGCAGCUGUUUAUGAUCCCGCAAAGUAUGGCACCAGCUUGAAUAUGAUCUAUCCAGCCAUAAAAACAUCGUCGAAUGAACAUGGAAGAGAUAUGAUGGUUCAAGCGGCAUUCCAGCUGAUUGCUCUCGUAGUUGUUUUGGUUGGUGCAAUCGUUAGUGGAGCCAUUACGGGUUUGAUCUUGAAACUGAAGAUUUGGGAUCAAGUAAGAGACAAGGAACUGUACGCGGAUGGAGACUACUUCGAAGUACCUGAGGACUACGACUUCGUGACGAGGGUGCGUUUAUAUGUUGCUUAUAUGUGCAAGACUAAAAGUUUGGCAAGAGAUUAG